AUGACGAAUGAGUUUGUUUUUCCAAAGCUAUCCGUGCGGGAAUGCAGAGCUGCGAUAGAUAUUCCUUCAUUUUCGUGGCGCGACUUUACAAACAAAGAAGAACUUGGAAUGGGUUCUUUUGGAAGCGUGUAUCGUGGCCAAUACAACAGUAACAACGACGACGUAGUUGUAAAAGUACUGCGCGGGCAUAACAGAGAAAGCAAACGUUUAUUUCUGAAAGAAGCACGUCUGCUCUCGAAACUUAAGGGACAUAAAAACAUUUCCUCUUUUAUUGCCUUUUGCACAGAACCCUAUGCAAUCAUGUUGGAAUAUCUUUGUUUCGAUUUUACUGUUUUUGAGGUGAACAAAAAAGUCACCUCGCUUGGUGAAUUCCUACAUUUCAUUGACGAGCAACUCGAUGUUCACGCGCUUCGAAAAUGUCAGACAAAAAUCGCUAGAGAUAUAGCAGAUGGGUUAUGUUACCUUCAUAGCAAUGGCGUCGUUCACCGUGACUUAAAACCAGAAAAUAUUUUGGUGUCGAAUCAGCAUUACACUAGUGAGCUCGAAGAAAGUGCCCGCAACGAGAAAUUUUCUAGCAAUCCCAUACUGUGCAAACUGUCGGAUUUCGGGGAGAGCAGAGCAACCAAUUUACAAACACAAACUCUUGUACAGUCUCAAACAAACCGAUUAAACCGUGGUACACCAGUUUACAUGGCCUUCGAGCUUCAUUCGCACCCGACUAAAGCUCUUACUCACGAUGAUCUGAAGAAAGCAGAUAUGUGGGCUUUUGGUUUGGUCAUGUACUGCUUACUUAACCCGGACGUUGACCAUCCUUAUCAACCUGUUUUUGCCGAAGCUGGACUGAACGAAAGUCUGGAUUCGUUGAAGUGCCUGCAUGAAGCAAGAAAAGUGCCGCAACAACGGUCAAAUUAUGAAUUCCUUCUUCUAUCAGAGUGGUGGCAAGUAGAAGAAGCGUAUAACGCAUGCGUAAAGUUUGAUCCUAAUCUUAGAGCUCAAGCAUUGGAACUGUCAUCGAUCUUGUCAGUUAAACAGCCCGAGGAAAGCCUAAAUGUGGUGCAUUUAAAUGUCAGUCAGGCAACUGCUUUGAGUAACUUCGACGGCAUGUUAGCAGAAAAUAUUGUUCAAUCGGCUCCUAAUACUACGGCGGCAUUGCGAACGGCUGACGAAAUAAUAUGUUCAGUCCCAAGCAACGACGGAACAAAUGCUUGCGUUUUUCUUGACUUAGCAAUAUGUGACCGUUUCCUGCCCCUUGAUCAAUGCAUGACAUGGGAUGAAUUGAAAUCCAUCGCUGAAAACGUCAUCACGGAGUUUCCAUUACUGAUAAACACUUAUCGAGACAUCAAUGAGAUAUACGAGCCAAUAUCUGCGUACACUUUGUUGAAGAAAAUCGCAUAUUACAUUUUCAACACUCCGCAUUUUCAACACUCCGCAUUUUCAACACUCCGCAUUUUCAACACUCCGCAUUUUCAACACUCCGCAUUUUCAACACUCCGCACUCCGCACUCCGGCACUCCGCAUAUUCAUGUAAACCCAAAUGGGGGUGUCGGUGACGAAAAAGAAAUUUAUUCAAAAUAA